AUGCCCGUGACCAGGUCCGCUAUCGUGAACCUCUCGCCGCAUAGAAUGAUUGGGUCCGUCUAUUCUUAUCUCUUCCGCGGUAAGGCUCCCUUGCCUGCUGCCCGGAACUUCUCCACCAACAAUCCUUUGCUUGAUGAGGGUCACGCUGCAUCGUACCAUCCACGCUUGUCGUCCAUUUUCCAGCUGUUGGACGCGCUAGCUCCUAGAUUCAUGACGAAAGGCUCAAACAUUGAGAUUCUUCCAGGUCCCAAGGAGUUCUACUCUUUGCUCAAACAAAAAAUCGGCACUGCAAAGAAGCGCAUUUUCUUGAGUUCUCUCUAUGUAGGUGACAAGCAAGACGAAUUGAUCCAGUGUUUGGCAGAUGCCAUGGAGAAAAACGAAGAUUUGAAGGUCUCCAUCUUGACUGAUGCCUUGAGAGGUACCCGUGAGGCUCCCCACAAGCCUUGUCUGGCCCUGUUGCUCGUUACUCUCGUUGAAAAAUUUGGUCCCCACAGAGCAGACAUCAGAUUGUACCAUACUCCACAUUUGUCUGGGUUCAAGAAGAAUUGGGCCCCCAAACGUCUUAACGAGAGUUUUGGUUUGCAGCACAUGAAACUUUACGGACUUGACGAUGAGAUCAUUUUGAGUGGUGCCAACUUGUCCGAAGACUACUUUACAGAUCGCCAAGAUAGAUACUAUGUUUUCAAGGACAAAAGAAUCACUGAGUAUUACUUCAAGGUCCACUCCGCUGUGUCCUCCUUGUCAUAUCAGUUGUUGACCACAAAACAGCCGAAGGGCUACCAAAAUUUCAGAUUGUCAUGGCCCACUUCUAACAAGUCUUGUGAGCCUGAUUUGAACUUGCAUCGUUUCAUUGGUGAGUCAUCCCUCCUUUUGGAACCAUUAUUGAAACAACAUGAUCUUGACUCGUUCGAGGAAUUCGACAACACUGAGGAAGCCGAUACAAUUGUUUAUGCCGUUUCGCAGUUUACCCCUCUUUUACCGCACACGAAUGAUACAUCGACUGAGAAGCCGGCUAUUUUGCGUCUCUUGUCAUUCUUGGAUUCACCAAGAAUCAAUUGGUGGUUCACCGCCGGAUACUUCAACAUGCUUCCUCAAAUUCAAGAGAAGCUUUUGAAUGGACAAGCGACAGGAACACUCAUUACUGCCUCGAUGAAAGCCAAUUCGUUUUACAAGUCGUCUGGUGCUUCCUACUACAUUCCAGAGGCCUACUUACUAAUUGCAAAGAAGUUUUUAGAGGAAAUCAGAAAGCGUGGCAAGGACCACUUAAUUAAGUUGUUUGAGUGGCAGAACGGUGUGGUUAACACCCCAGGUGGCUGGUCUUAUCACGCCAAAGGAAUCUGGAUUUCAGUUCCAGAUGAGGAGGAGCCAUCUGUCACUGUCGUUGGCUCAUCAAAUUAUACUAGAAGGGCCUACAGUCUAGACUUGGAGAGUAACGCUGUGAUCAUCACAAAAGAUCCUGAUUUAAAAAAGAGAAUGAAAGCCGAAAUAGACAACUUGAUGACACACGCCAACGAGUUGACAUUGGAGGACUUCCAGCCUAAGGUUCAAGAGCUGAACGCGGAACCUCGUGUUGACGCACAAGGCAACACAGUGGUGGCACCCCCAUUGCUAGCUGUUGACGCAGACCGCAUGAUUAGUUACAGAGUGCAUUUGGGAUUGAAGCUUCUAGGCGACAAACUCUAA